CUUCUCUUUUCGCAAGUCGUUAUCCUGUUUCUCUCGGCGAGGGCCUCGUCGGAGGUGAAGAAACUGACCUGCCGGGAUAACGAUGGUUACAACGUUUGCCACUACAAGGGUGUUCUCGUCGAAGUUACACAAAGCCGUUUCGAGGACCGAUUGGACCUCAGCAACCUGGAUCUCUUGGCGAUUCGAGAGAACGCCUUUAAGAACGUGUCGACGAAGGCCUUGGUUCUGAAUCGCAACCGGAUAUCCGUGCUGAAGAGGGAAUCCUUCCGCGGUUUGCCCAACUUGAAGUACCUCUUCUUGGACCACAAUGUGGUACCGUUAUCGGGGCACUUGUUCGCGGAUUUGAGACACCUGCCGACGCUUUCGUUGUUCUUCAACAAGAUUGAUUCGAUACCGAAGGACUCAUUCGCGGGCUUGUCAAGCCUGAUUUCGCUCUACCUAGGUCACAACGAUAUCGAAGCGAUCGAAGCGGAAUCCUUCUCGAAUCAUAAUCCCGGACUGCUGCACCUUUGGCUCAACAACAAUAAAAUCUCUUGCAUCGCGCCGGAUUCCUUCGCCGGGUUAACCGAAUUGAAUGGCCUCUGCUUGGCGGGCAAUCGGCUAGAGGACUUUCCGAGUGGUGCCUUUCGAGGAUUGAACAAGCUGGAGUAUCUUUCCUUAGAUAUCAAUCGGAUAACAAGCGUCUCCAGGUCGCUCCUUCGUGACUUGGUCGGUCUGAAGAUACUCCGUCUUCAGCAGAACGAGAUCAGCGCUCUCGAGCCGGAUACGUUCAGGGAUCUAUCUCAGCUGGAACAACUGGACCUGAGCGAAAACAAACUGUCUCACAUUGUAGCCGGCACUUUUGCCGGGCUCUCCAAUUUGGAAAACAUCGCGCUGUCCGACAAUGGCAUCCACACGGUGGACAAUGGCACUUUCGCUGAUCUCGUCAAACUGCGAUAUCUCGGCUUCGGUGGCAACAACUUCACUGAAAUCUACAGAGAAGUCAGCGGCCUCCCUGUCACCCCCACAAUUUUGAGAUUCUUAAAGUUUUAAAGAUAUCUGUUUAUAUAUAUCUCACAAAGGGACAAAACCUUGACCUCUUGAAUUUUGCAAAAUUUUUAGUAUAUGUUACAGUACACUUCAUUCACUAAUACAAGGUACAGCAACGGUCCAAUGCACAAUAGUUUAUUAAAUAUUAAUGUUGAAAAUGUUUUUUUCGAUAUUAAUAAUAAAUAAACCAUGCUUGUGCAAUGAAGUCGCAUUCAUUAAAUGUGCAAAUUAGUAUAAUGUGUCUUAAUUGUUUCUAUGAUAGAUAUUCUUCAAAAACAUGUACAGAUUGUGAUUAUAAUCGAUAGUGCACAAAUUGAAAGAAGAUUAAUUGUCAUGGAAUGUAUUUUUGUUACUGUGUAUGUAAACAAUUACGGACAA